ACCGACCUGGAAAUCAUCCUCGCCGGGGAAAGAACCAUCGUCUCGGCCAAGUUCUGUUGUUGUCUUGUUAGAUUAUUUACCUCCGUUAAUCAAAAGUCAUGGAUGUGUUUUUGAUGGUACGGAGGAAGAAGACUACAAUCUUCACAGAUGCCAAGGAAACAACAACAGUCAGGGAGUUAAAGAAAAUAAUACAAGGAAUUAUGAAAGUUGAACCCGAGAACCAGCAGCUAAUGAACGAACGUGGGACAGAAAUAUUCGACGAUGACAAACAGCUCAGCGACUACAAUCUAUCGGCCCAGACAGCACGAGCUCAGAGUCCUGCUACUGUUGCACUUGUAUUUAGGCAGGAAAAUGGAGAUUUUGAGCCACUUGAUAUCACACCUUUAUCAUCCCCCCCUGAGCUGCCCGAAGUGAUGAAACCUCAGGAACCUCAAACUCACGACCUUAAUUGAGGCAUGGGGUCUUGAGCAACUGGAGAUUACCUCACCAAGCCUUCUCACCAACCUGUUGGGCCUCUGAAAAGUUUUUAUAUAUGAUCAUUGUGAAUUUUCUUUUCUUUUUUCAUUUAGUCAUCAAAAUAAGACAUCAUCUUCUCCCUGUUAACUAUUAUAAUGGUGUAAGAACAUGCAAGGUUUCCUUUUUUCUCCCUAAUUGCCAGAGUCCCAUCAGUAGGUUUAUUAACCAGAUAACACUUCACCCAGUGUUGUAUGUGCAGCCUGUAAAUUUGUGCCCUUGUACCACAGAGUGCAAGAUAUAGUGAGUCAGAAUCUCUGAAUUGCAUGAGAGAGAAAGAGAGAAUUUAUUCUCUUAUUUUGGGAAAAAAGAGGCAUAAAAGCAUCCAUCUGCAUGUUUAUUCCCAAUUUAUUAAACCAUGAUAUAUUUUAAGCAUUUAGGGUCCAUCUUCAUUACUCACUUGCAUGACUAGCUCAUCACAGCCCAAGACAUUCGAUAUAAACAAAGCAUAAAUCUCUAGAUGAUUUGCAAGUGAGAAAUACAUCCUCACUUGUAAGCCUUUUAUGUGUGCAGUUGAAUUUUGUUAAAUGGGUUAUAACACCUACAUCUUCCAAAACUUUUGUGAAACAUCCCUGAAUUAAUGCAUAGAACUUAAUGUCAUCUCAAGUGGGUUGACAGCAUAAUUUACUCAAGGAAGAAAAUUCUUAUGCACAUACAUACAGAUAUAUAUACAUAUAUAUACACACCCAAGUACAUACAUGUAUAUAUGUGUGUGUAUGUGUAUAUAUAUAUAUACACACACACAAGUAAUCAGGAAUGUUAGAAUUGGAAUACACUGCUAAAAUUGGAAAAGCAUAUAUAUAACAACUUUUGUGUGUAAUAGCAGUCAAUAUGUUUCAUAUUGUAUGGACUGCUGAUUAAAAGAGAUGAAUUCAGUGUUAAGAAUUUUUCUUUAAUUCACUAUUUUUUUAGGUUUAUUUCAACUUGAUCUGUGUGGCCAAUCUGUUUGGAGCUUUGUCUGGAAUGUAUUUAUGUGCAUGUAUGGUAUAUGCAUAUGUAUAUUUGUAUAUGUGUAUAUAUACGUUUGUGUGUGUAUAUAUAUAUACAUAAAUGAUUUUGUAUGCAUAUAAGUAUAUGUAUAUGUAUAUAUAUGUGUGUGUGUGCAUAUAUAUAUCUUUUUAUUUAUUAAAUGGUAAUGUUUUGUGUGUAUGAAUUAGUUGGUCACAACUUGCGUUUGAAAGCCAUAUUAAAGUGUGUGUACUAUGAAGCAAAGGUUGAUUGUCUUCAUUCCAAGGUAAAUUACACUGCACAACAUGAGUGUCUGAACUUUAAUUGAUGCAGGUAUUGUCAGAAAGUAGAAAAAAAUUAUGGCAGAUUAGAUGAAGAAAAAAGUGCCACCAUAUUUCUAUUUUUGUUGCUCAUAAAGCAAUGUUUUUAUUAAAUUACAAAGGACAGUUGUACUGUUGUUUAUCAUGUGGGUGUUGUGGAGAACUCUCUUAUUUCCAUUAGCUUGCUGUUGUCUGCAUUUGUGAAGAACUUAAUUAAUAUAGUGUAAACAGACAACAGUACACACUACUAUAUAAUGUACUGGAAAAAAUUACAAUACUCUGUCCUAAAAAAAAGGAAAAAAAAACUUUUAUGCUUUUAGGUGUAUUGAAUAAAGUUUGAUAGAUUAUUAUUUAUUAGGGGAAAACUAAAAAUUCAUAUUACUUGAAUCCAAAAAUACAACUCUAUAGCAUAGGAAUUAUUACUGUAUUUUGAACAUUCUAUACAUACUGUCCAGAUUUUUUAAACCUUGUUUUUCUUUUCUUUUAUUGUACAGAUAGUAUGAUUCAUAAAGUAUACUGUUCUUUACCACAUUGGAGUUUGAUAUUUAAAACCAUUACUUAUAUUAGUUCACAGGACCCAUCAAUAAAGUAAAACAAGGUGCUAUUAAUAGGUAUGUCAAUACAGUAAUAAAAUGUUGCCCCUAUUAAUUUCCAAAGUAAUAUAGUUGACAAGUCCCAAUUAUCAACAUUCAGCUGUACUACCAAGGUAAGCCUUGUAUGAUUUCAAGUCCUCAGAAUGGUUAUGUGUUGAAAUAAGAAAAAAAAAAAAAAAAAAAAAUUAAGUAGAUCAAAAUUAGGCACUUUGGUUUGUUUUGAGUCUUUGACCCUUAUUCCCCAUGCAACUUGUAGAAGGCUGCAACACUAGUUAGGCAGCUGAUUUACUUUGUUUCAUGAUAAAGAAAUGGAAGAUGAUCAAAGGUGUUUGUUUACUGAGUGUUAUGUAUGGGGGAAAAAAUCUGUUCAGAUAAAUGUGGGGAUGAAAUCGUCAGGUUGGCUGUUAAAGUCGUAUGGAUAUAGAGAAUAAAAGAAUUGUUUUAUGAUGUCUCAACUUUUUCAAACAUCUAUACCCAUCUAUCGCAAGAUUUUCAGUAUGAUGCAUGAAUAAGUGCAGAUUUUGCAUUUUUUCCCCAAGACGUUGCAUAAUUAGUAUUUUUUGAAAAUUAAUAUGUAUUUUACCAGAAGCCUACUUUUGUGAACACAAAAUAUUACUCAAAAUCAGAAGGGAGAAAAAAAAAAAAAAAGAGCUUGUUCAAAUUGUCAGAUUACUACAGGCAGCUGGAGUCAUUGCAUCAAUGGCUAUUCUUUUAUCUUAAUUUUCAUAUCAUAAUGAAAACUGUACUUAAAAAGCUGCAAAAAGUAAAAGGGUAUAAGUGAGUUUAAGUGACACCAAACUUUAGAAGGACAAAUAAAGAAAGGCAUCUUUUCUUGACACUAGUUAAAUGAAUUAAGAUGCUUCAGGAUAUGAAAGGAUACACAAAUGACUGAACAACAAAUUUUGUUAUUGUGCAUCAUCCAUAAUUAUCCUUGCUUUAGUGAGACGUUUCUAGGCCUAGCACUAACUACACUGACGUUGGUCCAGUUUGAAGUUAAGCUGCAAGCUCAUAUGCUACACAAAGAUCAACUACUUUUAUACUGUAUGCUGGAGAAGAGAGAUUAUUAAUCUGACAAACAAAGAGAAUACUACUGUUGGCAGUUAAGAUGAUGCUUACCAAUGUCCUACAUGUCACACAAUUGCCUUUUAUUGUGAAUGAGCUGAACUUGCAGAAACUUUUCUAGAUGAACACUUUUUCUUUUAACUUCGUAGCUGAAGUUCAGCAAAAAGCAGAAUGAUUUUUGGUUUCAUUUGUCUUGUUAAACGUGAGGCAACUCUGAAUGUAGAAGUGUAUUUCUCUGGUAAUUUGAUGGUUAAUAGAUAAUCACCUUGUAAAUGGAUGUUUCCCUUUGUUAAAAACAAAUAAAUAAAAAGCCCUCACUAAAAUACUAGUAACAUUGCCUUUUUCCUGCUUAUGGUAUUUAAUAGAAAAAGCUAAGGUGUCAGUUAAUAGGAUAUUAUUAUUUCCAAAUACGGAUGCUGACAAUACUAUGUUACGGAGUGCUCAACACCUUUUUUUUUUUUUUUUAUAUCAAUCUCACGCUUUUUGUGCUUGUUAUCAAACCAGAAAGAUUGUAGCUGUAAAUAGAUAUAUGUGGAUUUUUUUUCAGUUCAAAUUAUUGUGAAGAGCUUUGCAUAUUUCUUUUCCCAAGUUCCAAAACUGAAUUUCUAGUUGCUAAGCUCUUUUGUCAUACAAGAAGAUAACUAUUGUAAAGCUACUUUAAUGUUUUCUUAGAACAAAGUAAAUUUUAAAAAUC